AGUUGACUUGCUACUUAACACUAACCAUUUCCUUCCUCUUCCAGGAGGAAGAGUUUUAUGUAUGAGAACAGGUUGUCCUCUUCAUAUGAAGUGGGGAUUGGACUCUUGGGCUCCAUCACAAGGGACAGUGUGUUUAAACUUUCCUUCCAGUGCCGGUAUCUUGGUAGUGAGGUGGUGUCUCUGGUGGCUGAGGAAGACCGUUCCUCCUCCCCUCCAGUAGCUGCUCCAGGACCCCUCCGUGUGGAGCUCAGAUUAGCUAAUGGCCAAUGUGACUCAAAAGGAUCACUGAAAGCUAAGUCUCUAGCAAAUGUGUACAGCUCCUACUACAGUGAAGUGGACUACCCUGUGACACAGGUUUUGCGGGAACCUGUGUAUGUGGAGGUGCGUGUCUUGGAGAGGACUGAUCCCAACAUUGUCCUGACUCUGGAACACUGCUGGGCCACAUUCAGCCUGCCCCAGAGUCUUCUGGUUAAUGGGUGUCCCUACCAUGGUGACCAGUACCUGACCACCUUGGUUCCUGUGGAUGGCUCCUCUGGGCUCCAAUACCCAACUCAUUACAAGCGGUUCAUUGUCCAGAUGUUUACUUUUGUGGAUGCUACCUCCUUGCUGAAGGAAACUACUGUCUGACUGCUACUUUACUGUUCCUGCUUCAUGCAACAGGAUUUUAAUCCUUGACUAC